CGUUAAUUUUUGAAUUUUCGCCUCAGCUGGACCGUUAGAGAAGCCGCUCUGUCUGUGUGUGUAUAGUGAAGCUAAAAGGCUAAUAAUAAACGGUCAACCAUGGAGUGGAAACCUAUGGAAAUUAACCCCGAGAUGCUGAAUAAGAUGCUGAACAAGCUGGGUGUGAAGUCAGACUGGCACUUCGUGGACGUCCUGGGCUUGGAGGAUGAUGCCAUUUCCUCUGUGCCCACGCCCUGCUGCGCCCUGAUGCUCCUCUUCCCGUUAACUCAACAGCACGAGGGGUUCCGCUCCAAGCAGUCCGUGGAGAGCUGCAAGGAUGUGUUCUUCCUCAACCAGACCGUGGUCAACUCCUGUGGGACCGUGGCGCUGGUGCAUGCUGUGGCCAACAAUCAGGAUAAACUUGGUUUCAAGGCUGAUUCUGCCCUGAAGAAGUUUCUAGAAGAAACCGCUGGAAUGUCCUCUGCUGACCGUGCCAAACAGCUGGAGCAAAACAAGGCAAUCCAGGCGGCUCACGAUGAAGUCGCUGCCGAGGGACAGUGCCGGCCCGAGGCGGACAAAGUGAACUUCCACUUCAUCGCCUUUGUCGAUGUGAAGAGUGAACUUCAUGAGCUUGAUGGCAGACUGAAAGGCCCUGUGAACCAUGGUGCAACAACCCCAGACCGCUUCAUCAAGGACGCUGCGAAGGUGUGUCGCGAGUUCACCGAGCGUGAGAAAGGCGAAGUGCGAUUCUCGGCCGUGGCUCUCUGCAAAUCCUAAAGGAGCCGCCCAGCCGACACCAUCCGAGCGAGCGACCAAAAAAUCUCACACGAGCCCCGCCCACAUCUCCGCUCCGCCUAGAAAUCUCACACUAAUCUAAAUCUCAUGUUGUUUUCACCACUGCCAGGCUCUUUAUUCAGUCGUCUCUGUCGGUGAGUUCUACAGUAUACAGUGUUUGCACUAGUGCCUUAAUCGGCGCACGUUCUUUCUUUUUUUGUGAAACGUUUCGGUUCGAAAUGUCGGUUCUCGAUCCGAACGCUUGCAUGCCGGUCCAGCCGUUCGUCGGUUUCUCAUUGUUGUUAAUGGGACGCGUUCCAACUGCGAAUGUAUGUUAAAAAAAAAAAUAAACAAAUGCCAAAAAAAAAAAAAA